AUGCUGUUAUCCCACCGCGUUGGCGUCGGCAGAGUUGGCAGCGAACGAGUCGAUGAUGGCGUCAUGUUGCUUCUCGCCGUUGUCUUUUCGGUCCGAGACGGUUCGACGGUUCGCAAAUCGAUGCUCUGGACCAAAGCCCUACUUCCCCUGCUGCUGGGCAUCUGCCAUGGCGGCAUCGUACCCGAAGACGGGCUCGUCCGCAGAAACCCUCCGGGUGCCAACGGCGGUUCCUUUGUUUUUCGGGGCGACUUUCGGUCUCCGAGAGAAAUCAGGGCCGAUGGAGGCUUCCAGCCCCGUGGCGACGGUUGGCAAAAUUCCAACGACGCAUACUCGAUCAGUCGUCAUUACCGCUCAGGCCCCAGCGGCUGCAGUCUCGAUGGUUUUUGGGACGAUGGAUUCAACUACCAAACCGCCUUUGUGUCCAUGGCUCGCGAGAGGACCACGUCGGAGCUGUACGGAGAAUGGUUUUACGAGAUCCACGCAACGCCCAACAUCCUCGACGACGGCUAUCCCGAGGGCGAGGUUUUCGCCCUCGGCGGUGCCCACUGGAGGCAGAUUCGGAGAUACGGACGGAUGCGGAACGGCAGAAUCGACGAGGCCGACUUGAUGCCGAAUCCCGAAUACGACAGGGAGCGGUAUGAGCGCUCGGCCUGGGCGUCCCGCUGCUACGUCAGCACGGAUUUCCCGCCCGAGUUGGAGGACGGCGAGGGCGAAGACGGCGACGUGGAUGCGGCGCUUCACGCGGCGAACGAAUGGAUGGAUAGCGAGGAGAUGCACGCCAUCCUGGGCACGUUCCCGCUGGCGUUCGAGUCGCUGCCGCCAAGACAAGACAUCCCGGGACCAUCUUCCGGGCACGGGUCUGCCGACGAUAGUGGGGAGAGCGAAGCCGGGGACGCGAUUCGGUACUACAUGGACCUGGGCCCCGACCUGCUGGAUGCGCUCUACCCCGAGGGACAUCGCUUGGUCCAGGAGAUUUUCCAGGGCAUCAACCCGGGCGACUGCUCGUUGGGCUUUCUCUCGAAGAGGGCGGGUGCCGGGGCGAAGCCGACGGGGCGGAACAAGGGGAGAGCCAAGACGGGCCGCUGCUGCAAGAAGCUGGCCGCGUUUCGAAAGAAGAUCCAGACGCUGCCCGGCGUCCUCCCUCGGGAGUGCACGCACUUUGACGAGCUCAAGCUGGGCGUGCAGCUCGGCGACGGCGCGUACCAAGGGACGUGGGACACGCUCGUGCUCGCCUUUGGCGACGGCGAGGAGCACACGAUAGCAUCGUCGCCGGAUCCGGGAUUCCACGAGUGGCAGGACAUUAAGCUGAACGAGACGUUCGGCACGGGCGCCGUGGCCGUCGACCACAUCGGCAAGGUUGAGAUCAAGCAGAAGCGCGACAGCACCUGGGGCGGCGACCUGUGGAAGCUCCAGGGCAUCAAGCUCAAGGGGCGGUGCGCCGGUUCGCUCACGGAGCGGGUGCUCGACAAGUUUGCGUCGGAGAACAAGGAGGCCCGGCACUCGUGGUCGGGCGAGGUCUCGGCCAAGGAUUGGAAGACGUCGGUCGAGUGCAGCCACUUCAAGCGGCUCGAGGUCGACUUUACGCUCAGCAACUCCAUCGACGCCGGAACGUGGGACGACCUGUUUGUGCGCUUCGAAAACGAAGGCAAAUACAGCGACACCAUGGUCGCCGAGACGCCGUCGAGAGGCACGGCCCACUCGCCCGUCGUCGACCUCAAGAAGGUGUUUGGCGAGGACCCCGUGCCGGUGCGCGACAUUCGCUUCUUCGACGUGCAUUCGCACGCGCAUGAGACCGGAUGGGCGGCCGACUGGUGGAAGACGGCAGGCAUCAUCAUCAAGGGGCAGUGCGCGGGCUCCGGCAGGGAAGCCAUCUUUGAUCGGUACGAGGACGUCUAUGAGUGGUUCGAGCGCGAAAACCACCCGUCGGAUUUCAAGCACACGAUCCAGAUGAGAGACUGGCAUUGGAUCGACAGCAAGACCGGAAAGGAGGUGAAGGAUGCCAAGGAGUUUUGA